GCUUCUUAAGUCUGAACUUCCACCGUCCCUAGCAAGCUUCUGUGCAAAAUAUACAUAUCAACUCCACUUCUCGUCCCCCCUCUCUUGUGCACAAGCAGAUCCUCUUUGCUGAUCUUGAGUGCUAAAUACCUUUUCUGGAGUACGGUGCAACACUGAUAAUAAAGAGAACAAAGAAAAUUGAUCUAGUCGCAUACGUUUCGGAGGAAGUAAGAGAGAUUGGACCGGAGAGGCUCGCUUUCGUAUUCUCAAUAAUAGAUCAAAGCAACCAUGCAAAGCUCUUCAGAGAAAAGACCAGGCAUCUACACUUACAUAGCUCAGUGGCCUAUAUAUUCACUAGCCUGGUCGGUUCGACAGGACAAAAAAUCACGUCUUGCCAUAGGAAGUUUCCUUGAAGACUAUAGCAACAAGGUGGAAAUUGUUCAAUUCAACCGCGACACUUCUGAUUUCACCACUGAUAGCCGCCUAAUCUUCGACCACCCUUAUUCACCUACAAACCUCAUGUUCUUCCCCUCCGAGGAUGCUGCAAAUCCUGAUAUCAUCGCCACCUCCGGAGACUACUUGCGCAUAUGGCAAAUUCAUGAUGACCGAAUCGAGUUGAAGUCUCUCCUUAAUGGCAAUAAGAGUAGUGAAUUCAGUUCUGCCAUAACGUCAUUUGACUGGGCUGAUUUCGAUGUUCAUCGUGUGGCCACUUCUAGUGUCGAUACCACUUGUGUGAUUUGGGACAUAGAGAAGGAAGUUAUAGACGCUCAAUUAGUUGCACAUGAUAAAGAAGUGUUUGAUAUUUCAUGGGGUGCAUUCAAUGUUUUCGCAUCAGUAUCGGGUGAUGGCUCCGUUAGAGUUUUCGAUUUAAGGAACAAAGAGAGAUCAACAAUAAUUUAUGAAAAUACAAUGCAAGAUUGUCCUUUGCUAAGGCUAGAGUGGAACAAAAGAGACCCGAGAUUUAUAGCCACAGUUGGCAUGGACAGUAAUAAGGUUGUUAUUCUGGACAUUCGCUUUCCUACAACUCCUUUAAUGGAGCUAUGUAAGCAUAAGGCAAGUGUGAAUGCUAUAUCUUGGUCUCCAUGCACCGGAAGGCAGAUAUGCUCGGUAGGUGAUGAUUCAAGGGCUUUGUUAUGGGACGUGGUUAGCAAGGCCGGAGAGCGACCAGAAUACAGCGGUGCUGGCGCUAAUAGCCAAGUGGAACCUGAAAUGUGGUAUGGAUCAAUGGCGGCGAUCAAUAAUGUGAGGUGGUCACCCGCGGAGUUGGAUUGGAUUGCUAUUGCUUUCUUUACCAAGUUACAACUCCUGAAGGUCUAAGACAUUGCUGUGGCAUCGAUCGUCGCUUCAAAAUAGUUGAGUAGGUAAAUAAGAAAACAGUCACAUGCGGGGGUUAGAUCAUAUGAGUGGUUGCUCCUGAACGUGGUGGUCAAUGGAAAGGGAAAACACACAACGUUAACCUGGAUAGGUCCCGCUGGUGACCCGUCACUGUACGAGCAUACGAGGUCGGAAAACUGCCUUUUCCAUCCUUGUUAAAGUGUUGACUAUAAAUCUAGCAUUAUGUAUUGUCGUUUCAUUAAAGUCGUUGGAGCAUGAGUCUCUAUU